AUGGCUCCUGCGACUCAAUACGAACUUUCACCGCCCCCAACCGACGCGGUCUCGGCGAUCGCGUUUGCGCCGUCUUCUGGAACCAAGCUCCUUGUCUCAUCAUGGGAUAAGAAGGUGUAUUGCUAUGAUAUCGCAGGUGGAGCUGGCGAGGCGACUCUCGUCAACACAUACGAACACCGGGCGCCAGUCUUGGAUGUCUGCUUCGGCGCCAAUGAUAAUGAAGCUUUUACUGCUGGCGUGGAUUGGUGUGUUAACAGAAUCGACUUGGAGACUGGUGAGAAGACCCUGCUGAGCAAACAUGCUGCGCCGGUGCGGUCUAUAGCCUACAGCCCAAAGUUUUCGGUCUUGGUCUCCGCGUCUUGGGAUUGCAGCUUGAACCUCCAUAACCUCAGCGAUCCUUCAAGCACCCCAAUUAGGGUCUCCCUCCCCGGCAAGCCUCAUGCGCUGGCUGCUAGUCCUACGAAGAUCGUGGUUGCCAUGGCUGGCCGUGUUAUCAACAUCUACGACCUGAAGACCAUUGUCGAUCUAUUCGCAACUGGUUCAUCUGACCUGCAGCCAUGGCAACAACGUGAAUCGUCUCUGCGAUAUUUGACACGCGCAGUGUCCUGCAUGCCCAAUGAUGCUGGCUACGCCACUAGCAGUAUCGAAGGCCGUGUUGCAGUUGAGUGGUUUGAGGAUACAGCCGAGUCCCAGGCCCGAAAGUACGCCUUCAAAUGCCAUCGACAGGCAGCCCCAGAUGGUGACGGUGAUAUUGUUUAUCCCGUAAAUGCUCUCGCCUUCCACCCUGUCCAUGGAACAUUUGCUUCAGGGGGUGGCGAUGGCACCGCUGCUUUGUGGGAUGCAGAAGCAAAGCGACGACUUAAACAGUACCAGAAAUUCCCCAACAGCGUUGCUGCGCUUGCUUUCUCAAGCGACGGGAGAUAUCUUGCUGUGGGUGUUUGCCCUGGGUUUGAGACUGGACAAGAGGACUACAGCGGUGCCGGACAGACAUCGGUAUUGAUCCGUGAGCUUGGCGAGAAUGAAGCCAAGGGCAAGGGAGCUAAAUAG